GCAUUUAAAUUGAGUGAAAAAUGGGUUCAGAGCCUAAAAGAGAGAGAAUUCAUUCGAAAGAAGAAGAAGAAGCAGCAGCCCAAGAAGAAAUAUGGAAAUAUAUUUUGGGUUUCACUCCCAUGGCUCUGGUCAAGUGUGCCAUUGAGCUUGGGAUACCUGAUAUCCUCGAGAACCAUGAAACCCCAAUGACGCUUGCUGAGCUUACGUCGAAGCUCGGGUGCAAUCAGUCUUCUUUGUAUCGGAUCAUGAGGUUCUUGAUCCACUAUAAGAUAUUUCAAGAGAAGCCUGUAUCCGAAACAUCUGUUGGAUAUGCUCAGACCUCUUUGUCUCGGCUUCUAACAAGGCAUGGAGAAAAUUCCAUGGCCGACUUGGUGCUUCUAGAGAGCAGCCCGGUCAUGCUGGCUCCAUGGCACAAGCUAAGUGCUUGGGUUUUGGGCAACAAAGAGUUGCCGUUUGAGGCGGCACACGGCGGCAAAGAUCUUUGGGGAUUUACUGCGGCUAAUCCUGGUCACAGUAAGCUCUUUGACGCUGCAAUGGCAUGCGAUGCUCGGGUGGCAGUGGCAGCGGUAAUUGAAGGUUGCCCAAAGGUGUUUGAGGGAUUGAAGACGAUGGUGGAUGUUGGUGGUGGUGAUGGGACAGCAUUACGGUCGAUUGUGAAGGCUUUUCCUUGGAUCAAAGGGAUUAACUUCGAUCUCCCUCAUGUGGUGUCGGUCGCUCCCGCGGCCACUGGUGUCGAACACGUUGGAGGCAGUAUGUUUGAUUAUGUUCCAAAAGCUGAUGCUGCAUAUUUCCUGAAAGUAUUGCAUGAUUGGAGAGACGAAGAAUGCAUUGAGAUACUAAAAAAAUGUCGAGAGGCUAUUCCUCAGGAUACAGGCAAGGUGAUUAUUGUAGAAACGAUUAUUGGAAAAAAAGAUCACGAGUUUAAAGGAGUGGGGUUGAUGCUUGAUAUGGUGAUGAUGGCUCAUACAAGCAACGGAAAGGAACGGACGUUGGAAGAAUGGGCUUAUGUGUUUCAUGAGGCUGGAUUCAGUCGUUACACUGUGAACCACAUUCAAUCCUAUCCUUCUGUUAUUGAAGUUUAUCCUUGACUCUCAAAACUUGAGUCGGUUCUUCAAAUUAUCAAGGCUCUCAGUAUCGAACUUAGCUGGAAUAAUGUGUUAGAAAUUGGCAUCUUUGUAUUUUAUGUUUGUAAUGUUGUACUGUUCUUAAAAAAAA